CAGAGUCAAACUCUUAACCGACUGAGCCGUUUAGGUGCCCCUGCUUAGGUCUUUUAAAGCAAGAUUUUGGUUAACUCUAGACUUUUAAUGCAUGGUAUAAUUCUUAGGGAACCACUGCAAGAACAAAAAUAGAGGCUGUAACUUCCAAAUCAGUAGAAGAAAUAGAUAAAAUGUUAAAGAAUCAGUCCAAAAGAAGACAGAGAAAAGAAACUGAACAGGUAACAAAUGGAGAGAGCACAAAAUUAGAUGCUAGAUUUAAACCUAGUUAAAGGUAAAAAGUAAAUAAUUGCACAGGUAUCUUCCUAGCCUAAGGCAUCAUCAGCUGUUGCCUCCAAUAAUUUCCUAAGUAGUAUUCCCGCCUCAAUUCUUGCCUCCCUCUAUGUACUACCCAUAUAAUAACAGGAGUAGUUUUAAAAAAAUGUAAAUCAGCUCUUUUCUGCCAUCUUUCUGUGCCACCGUAAUGAUGCACAUAAAUGUCCUGGCAGAUUCUCUCAAGAGUAUUAACAAUGCCAAAAAGAGAGGCAAACACCAGGUUCUUAUCAGGCCAUGCUCCAAAGUCAUAGCUGUGAUGAUGAGGCAUGGUUACGCUGGCGAUUUUGAAAUCGUUGAUGAUCACAGAGCUGGGAAAAUUGCUGGGAACUUCAUGGGCAGGUUAAACUGUGGAGUGAUCAGCCCCAGAUUUGAUGGGCAACUCAAAGAUGUAGAAAAAUGGCAGAAUAAUCUCCUGUCUAGCCAAUUUGCUUUCAUUGUACUAACCUCAGCUGGCAUCAUGAACCAUGAAGAAGGAAGAUGAAACACACUGGAGGGAAUAU